CGGACGUGCUCGGACCCCCGCAUUUAGCUGUCUCCCCUCUGUCACCAUGUCGCCUAACCCGCCGUUGUUCCUGCUGCUCCUUGGCCUCAUAGGAACUCAAGCCACCGUGGACCUCCGCACAGCUGCUGCCAUGGCAGCAGGUUUGUGCAAAACACGGCCCACAGACAUUGUGUUCAUCAUCGACAGCAGUCGGAGUGUUCGCCCAUCAGAGUUUGAGCAGGUCAAAGUCUUCCUGGCCAAGGUCAUCGAGGGGCUGGAUGUUGGACCUAAUGCCACCCGUGUGGGAGUCGUGAACUACGCCAGCCGUGUGAAGAAUGAGGUGUCUCUGAAAACACACCGCACCAAAGCUGCGCUGAUCAAGGCUGUGACCAAGAUUGAGCCCCUGUCCACUGGAACAAUGACAGGUCUGGCCAUCCAGUUUGCUCUAAACGUGGCCUUCAGUGAGGGCGAGGGUGCUCGUGUCAAGUCGCCUGAUAUCAGCAAGGUUGCCAUUAUCGUGACCGACGGGCGUCCCCAGGACAACGUGAAGGAAGUGGCUCAGCGUGCUCGAGAUGCCGGCAUUGAGAUUUUCGCUAUUGGUGUGGGACGUGUGGACAUGAGCACCCUGAAGCAGAUGGCCAGUGACACCCUGGAUGAACAUGUGGACUACGUUGAGAGCUACAGCGUCAUUGAGAAGCUGACCAAGAAGUUCCAGGAAGCCUUCUGUGUGUCGGACCUGUGUGCCACUGGGGAUCAUGACUGUGAGCAGGUAUGCAUCAGCAGCCCCGGAUCAUACAAGUGUGCCUGCAAAGAUGGCUUUACCCUCAUGGCUGAUGGUCGCAGCUGCAGUGCUUGCAGCAACUCAGCAACAGAUGUGGUGUUCCUGAUCGAUGGCUCUAAGAGCGUGCGUCCUGAGAACUUUGAGUUGGUCAAGAAGUGGAUCAACCAAAUCAUUGACAAACUGGAUGUUUCUGACAGCAAGGCUCAUGUUGGACUGGUGCAGUACUCAAGCUUAGUCAGACAGGAGUUCCCCUUGGGCCGCUUCAACAAUAAGAAAGACCUGAAGGAUGCUGUGAAGAAGAUGGCCUAUAUGGAGAGGGGAACCAUGACAGGCCAGGCCCUCCGCUAUCUGUCAGACAGCAGCUUCAGCCCCAGUCAGGGCGCCCGGCCUGGAGUCACCAAGGUGGGCAUUGUCUUUACAGACGGACGCAGCCAGGACUACAUCGGAGACGCCGCCAAGAAGGCCAAGGAGCAUGGUUUCAAGAUGUAUGCUGUUGGAGUGGGCAAUGCAGUGGAGGAUGAGCUGAAAGAGAUUGCCUCUGAGCCAACUGGAGAGCACUACUUCUACACUGCUGACUUCAAGACAAUGAACCAGAUUGCCAAGAAGCUGCAGAUUAACAUCUGUCAAGAGGAGGACCCUUGUGAAUGCGACUCCCUCGUAAAGUUCCAAAAGAAAGUAGAAGAUGCCCUACAGGCACUAACAAAAAAAUUAGAGAGCAUGUCGAAGAGGAUCGCUUUGCUGGAGAACAAAAUCGUCUGAGGACUCACAUCCCACUCUUCCCUAUUCAUAUGCACAC